AUGGCAUCAGGGAACAAGACACAAAUAUCAGAAUUUCUCCUUCUGGGACUUUCAGAGGAGCCGGCAUUGCAGCCCCUUAUAUUUGGGCUUUUCCUCUUCAUGUAUCUGAUCACUGUGAUUGGAAACCUGCUCAUCAUCCUGGCUGUCUGCUCAGACCCCCACCUCCACACACCCAUGUACUUCUUCCUCUCAAACCUGUCCUUUGUAGACAUCGGUUUUACAUCCAGCAUCAUCCCAAAGAUGCUAUGGAACAUCCAGACACAGAGCAAAGUCAUUACUUACAAAGGCUGCAUCAUCCAGGUGUAUUUUUACUUACUCUUUGCAGCAUUAGAUGACUUUCUCCUGACCGUGAUGGCCUAUGAUCGCUUCGUGGCCAUCUGUCACCCCCUGCGCUACACGGUCAUCAUGAACCCCCGGCUCUGUGCACUGCUGGUUCUGGGGUCCUGGAUCGUGAUGGCAGCUCCCUCUGCCAGGCACACACUUCUCCUGCUUCAUCACAUGGAGCCAGGGAACAAUACACAAAUCCCAGAAUUUCUUCUUCUGGGACUUUCAGAGGGACCAGAAUUGCAGCCCCUCAUCUUUGGGCUUUUCCUCUCCAUGUACCUGAUCACUGUGUUUGGAAACCUGCUCAUCAUUCUGGCCGUCAGUGCAGAAUGCCACCUCCACACUCCCAUGUACUUCUUCCUCUCAAACCUGUCCUUUGUAGACAUCUGCUUCACCUCCACCACCAUCCCAAAGAUGCUCCAAAACAUCCAGACACAGAGGAAAGUCAUCACCUAUGAAGGCUGCAUUGUCCAGGUGUAUUUUUACUUACUCUUUGCAGGAUUAGAUAACUUCCUCCUGACUGUGAUGGCCUAUGACCGGUAUGUGGCCAUCUGCCACCCGCUGCAGUACACGGUCAUCAUGAACCCCUGGGUCUGUGGAGUGCUGGUGCUGGUAUCCUGGGUGUUGAGUUCUAUGUAUUCCUUGUUACAGAGUUUAAUGAUUUUGCGACUGUCUUUCUGUUCAGACUUGGAAAUCCAUCACUUUUUCUGUGAAAUCACAUGGCUCAUCCAACUGGCCUGUUCUGACCCCUUUCUCAAUAACAUGGCGGUGUAUUUCGGAUCUGUAAUUAUAGGGGGUGUUCCCCUGACUGGUAUCCUUUAUUCUUACUCUAAGAUAGUGUCCUCUAUCUGUGGAAUCUCAUCUGCUCAGGGGAAAUAUAAAGCAUUCUCCACCUGUGCAUCUCACCUCUCGGUUGUCUCCUUAUUUUAUUGCUCGGCCUUAGGAGUGUACCUUAGCUUCACUGCUACCUACCGCUCACACACAAGUGCUAUAGUAUCGGUGAUGUACACCGUGGUCACACCCAUGCUGAACCCCUUCAUCUAUAGUCUGAGAAACAAAGACAUAAAGAGGGCUCUAAAAAGAUUCUUUGGGAUGGAAACUUUUAGAAAAGGUUCAUUUACCUCAGGCUGA